GCCAACAGCGGUGUAGACGUCUGUGCGUCCUUGAUGAACCUCCGAUGAAUGACCGUCUUGGAAUAACGUUUUCAGCUGACAAAUCGUAUCAAUUUAGCUUCGAGUCUAUCGUCGUCCUAAAACCAAUAAGUUACGUUUUAAAAUGAUUUUGCUGAUCUGGUAAAUGCUGAGAUCAUGAUGAGGUCGCAUGUUUUUGAUGCAUCAUCUCUGAAUGCGGUUGUGUGUGCAUUUAUGGCGUGAAGGGAGGGGUCCUGUGGGAUGGAGCAGAGUUGCAUGCAGUCCGCUAUGGCUAUGGGUGCACAGUCCAAGAAAGGCUUGUCCAGGAGCGUCGCCGUGGAAAGAAAAAACCUAAUCACGGUUUGCAGGUUUUCUGUGAAGACACUGCUGGAGAAAUACACAGCAGAGCCCAUCGAUGACUCGUCUGAGGAGUUCAUUAACUUUGCUGCCAUUCUGGAGCACAUCCUCAGUCAUCGCUUUAAAGGUUCUGGCAGCUGGUUUGAUGGCCAGCGCAGUUUCUGGGACUUUAUUCGUCUCGCCUGCAGUAAAGUUCCCAACAGCUGCAUAAGCAGCAUUGAGAACAUGGAGAACAUCAACUCUUCACGGGCAAAAGGCAGAGCAUGGCUACGGGUUGCACUUAUGGAGAAACGUCUAUCUGAAUACAUCGCCACAGCUUUACGAGACAGCCGCACCACCAGGAGGUUCUAUGAUGAAGGUGCCAUCAUGCUGCGAGAGGAGGCCACUGUAUUGACUGGGAUGCUCAUUGGACUGGGAGCCAUUGACUUCAGUUUUUGUUUAAAAGGGGAAGCCCUGGAUGGGAAGUCUGAAGCUGUUAUUGACUACACUCCUUAUCUGAAAUUCACACAAAGUUAUGAUUAUCUCAGUGAUGAUGAGGAUUGUCAGAGUGUGGACAGCAGUAACAGUGACGACAGCAUUGAGCAUCCGUACAUCCCCCUGGUCACCGAUGAGGAGAGCUGGAGAAACAAGUGCCGCAGGAUGGAGCAGAGGUUCAAGAUCGUGAAUGCGCAAAAGGGGUAUCUUGAGGAGCUGGUGAGGUUGCGGGAAUCUCAGCUCAAGAACAUGGAGACAGAGAAUAAAAGACUAACAGCCGGACUAGAAGAACUUCAGCUACAGAGCCAGAAAGAGAAGAGAGAGCUGGAGAGCAUUGUGCUGGAACUGCAAGAACAACUGACAAGUUUGAUUCCAGGUGAACCACAUCCACUAUCCAAGGAUUUGUCAAUCCCUCUUGUUAACCAAUGGCCAUCACUCCAAAACUACAACAACCAGGAGGACAGGAAACUGUACCAAAGGGGCAGUUUUCCCAGUCCAGAGCCACAUAUCAGUCUAACUUCAGAUUCUCAGAUUGAGGGGGUAGAAGGUAAUCAGAAUGGACGAGCCUGGUGUACGGCAGAAAAAGACUACACACCCUCCAUGUUAGGUCUGUGCGGUUCACUGGCAUCUUUACCCAGCUGCAAGUCUCUGCCCAGCCUGAGGUCUACGGAGUGCCUGGUGAACAUCAGCACUGAGCCCAGUCCUGCUCUAACCCCCAGCUAGGGCUGACCGGAUGACACCAACAUCACAAGCAGAGAGCUCGUAGGCCAAGACAUUCAGAGAUCAUUUUAGCCUGUGCACCAUCUUAAUAUUUUAUAUUUUAGCAUCUUGUACCGCUCUGUACCUAGAUACAAGAAACCGUUGUGGCUAAACAUUGAUGCUUUCCCACAGGUCACCCUUAGCUAUUAAUUAUCCCCCUCUUUCUAAAGAAACACUACAGCAUCGUCACGGUUGGGUUUUCAAUCUAUCUUUGCUGUUCAGUGAAGUCUCCGGUCCAUGACGAUUCUACCAGUGAAGGCACUGUGGACUAUGCACUGACUGACCUGAGGUCUGCUUAAGUUAACAUUAUGACUGUAUGUUCAUGUCUCAAAGCCCAACAACGCUUCAUUUGUUAUGUUACCCUUUAAAAUCUCCUAUGGGAAUGCACAUUUAAAACAAACAACAGAAUCAUAAACGGUAAAAAAAAAACAUGAACAAUGUGUGAAAGAAAGCAACAAUAUCAAAGUUACACAAUAGAUUUUAACAUCGUCAUCAGCAUAUUAUUGUUAUUUUGAGUAGUUCAUGACAGAAUUUUCAUUUUGGGGUGGAGUAUCCCUUAAAAAUGCAUAUUCUCUGCCAAUAAAACAUACAAGAACAUUUUAUGACCUUAACAGUUUACUGCACAGUUACAGUUGUCAUUAAACGACUAGAACAGCUGCUUUAUUUCUUGUUUUUGCCUCUUAAAUUCUCUUUAGGAAUGGGAUUGCUCUGCACAUGACUGCAGUAUACUAUUGCUAAAAUAAAGACAGUGGCUAGUGUUGCCAGCUCCACACUAUAUCAUCUUUAUGACACCGUGUAAAAGGUUAUAAUCUAAUGGGUCAGAAUACAUGUAUAUAACUUCUUCCAUAAGGUUGUAUUGUACUGACAUUUAUUUAACAUUUGUUACGUCACUACCAUAUAUUCAAUAUCUUGAGCACUGCCAUCAUGGUCAUGUCUGCAGCUUAAACGCCACUGAGUUUUAUUGUAUCUUUAUUACAUAAAACAUAUCCAUUGUCAAUGUAACUGAAUGGCCUUUUGUUUGGGAAUGUGUGUGUGUUGUUAGAUUUUAAUUAGGAUUUAGAUUUAACUUGUAGCACAUUAUUUAAUUUAAAAGCUACUGGAAUAUAUGUUGUUCGUGACCUAAAAUCGCAAUAAAACUGCCCUUUUGUCCUAAUUUUUUGUUAAGAGU